ACACUGCAACUAAAACUAAGCAUCUUUUUUAACAAAAGUAAUUUUUUAGCAGGAAAAACAUUGAAAUAAGCCCAAUAAUUACCCCAAAAUGGGCCGCCGAUGCUGCGUGGCCAACUGCCCCUCGACGUCCCGCCUGCUGGAGCACCACGGCGUCACUUACCACUCCUUCCCCCUCGAUCCCGUCAUCCGGGCCAUCUGGAUAAAGAACUCGCGCAUCAGCCUGGAUCGCCAGAUCACCAAGAGCGUGCUUGUCUGCUCGCGCCACUUCCGGCGCCUGGAUUUCAACACGAUUCGCAAUGGCAAGUAUCUGCUGAAGCCACGUGUCUUCCCCACCGUCUUCCCGUGGGGCAAGAUGGACUCCGCCGAGAUAGAGGCUGACCACCGCGCCCUGCAGCAGGCCAGCGUCGAGGGAACGGCGGUCGCCGGAGCGGAUCCCUCGUCGGCCAACGAGGACGUGAUCAAGGCCACCGUGGACAAUAUCGUGGCGCAGAUUCUGGCAGAGACUGCCGAGCGCAACUCCUCGGCGGCUUCCGAGGAGCCAAAGACGUCCAAGGCGGAUAAGGAGAAGGAAGCGGCAAAAACCAGUGCUGCCCCGGAGACUGGGGAGGAGGUGCCCAAGCCAGCACAGGAUUCUGUAGCCGCUCCCGCUGUUGUCCCGGCCAGCGAAGUAGCUGCCCCCUCUGCAGCGGCGACUUCCGCCUCGAACUCGCCGCUGCCUGGCACGCCGGUCAAGUACAGCAACCCCACCAAUCUGACUAUCGGCGCCCGCUUGGAGGCCUUGAGUGUGGAGGGCAACUGGCUGCCCGCCCGCAUCGUGGAGGUGAAUGAAACGGAGCAGACGCUGCUCGUGCGCUUCGAGCGCAACCACAAGCUGAAGGUGUCGCCGUCGACGAGCGGCAGCUUCCAGGAAUGGAUGUCCAUCAAGUCGGAGCGGCUGAGGCAGCGCCUCAGCAACCGCGUGCUGCCCAUCUUUGAGCUGGAGGAGAAGUGCAUGGCCCGCUGGUCGGGGCCGCGCAAGUUUCCGGGCACCGUUCGCAGGCUGCUGGGCAACGACACCUACGAAGUGCUCUUCGACGAUGGCUACACCAAGAACGUGCGUGCCGUGCACAUGAACAAGCUGCCCAAGCAGCUUCUUCCCGUCGUGGGAGUGGAUGCCGCAGCAGUUAAGGCUCCGGCACCGCCUGGAACUCCAUCUGCAGCUGCGACUCCAGUGCCCGCCGCCACACCUGUGGCUCCAAAGAGGGCCAGUACUGGCAGCAGUGCCAGUGGUGCCUCGAGCAGCAAGAAGAGCAAGAGCGCGCCCCAGCGCAGGGAUUGGCCGCUUCUAGACAUGGCCAGCUUGGACAUAGCUGCUUUGGGCUUGCCGGAGAUACCUCAUGACGGGGAGUGGACCUGUCACUGGGUAAAUGACCAGCCAAUUGGAGCCGAGGGCUUCCUGAUUGUGGGCGAGCACCAGAAGCCCACAGUGAUCGUGCAGGACUGGAGACUUCCACCCGGCUGGAUUAAACACAUGUACCAGCGCUCCAAUGUGCUCGGCAAGUGGGACGUCAUCCUGGUCUCGCCCAGUGGCAAGCGGUUCCGCUCCAAGUCCGACCUGAAGGUGUUUCUCGAAUCGCAAGGCUUGGUAUACAAUCCGGAUGUAUAUGACUUCAGCAUCCACCGGCGUCGGGCCAAGGACAUCAAUGCCUAUGUCUACACACAUGACUAUAAUCCGCAGCCACCGCCCAAGCCCAAGCCCAUGGAUGUGUCGCUGGACUCUACGAUGGAGCGUAGCAACACAACUUUAUCAUCUUUGCCAUCGACUCCAAUGCCCGUCAAGGAGAGCCAGUACAUGGAGGCACCGGUGGCUUCUCUGAUGCCACCAGCAGAGCUCAUGUCGCCGCAGGCCCUGCUAACUGAUGAAGGCAAGCCGAAGACUAACCCAGAGCAGCUGGAAGCUAUUGAGGGUGGUGCAGCCCUGCCUCUGGAGGGUGGCGCUCCUCCAGCGGAGAAUGGCUUUGCUUAUAUUGGCGGCCUAAAAGUCCAGCUCCAGGAGAAUCUGUACGUAUGCCCGCGCGAGGGUUGCGGCAAGACCUAUCGCAAGGAGGACUUCUUGCUUAUUCAUAUACGUCACUACCACAAGGAGUUUGCCGAGUACGUGAGCAACUGCCCGAAGAUGCAGGAGUUGGCGGUGAAGCGCACACACGCCUCUUCCAUCGAGCAGGGUGAUGCAGCUCCCAAGAACCAAAUACCAAACCAGCAAUUCUUUGCCAAGCUGCACCAACAGGAUAUGCAGCAGUCGCGGUCUUUUAAGCGUCAGUCAGUUCCCCCAACGGUCACGUCGCCCAAGGCGGCUGGUGCUCUGCCAGUUGCUUCUCCAACCAAGACAAUUGUAUCGCCCAAAACGGAGCCACUGGACACGAUGGCGUCCGAUGAAGGUGUCAUCAAUCAAGAGCAGGUUUCGUUGGAGGCUGGAGCUACCGCCUCAGUGACUCCUGGACUGAAUCGUUCCGCUAAGAGGGCUCGUUUCUCGCCGACAAAGCGUUCAUCCGGCUCAAGGAAGAGCAACCGCCAGCGGUCACAGCGGCGCAGCAAUGCGACCGACACUACGACCGUUCAUAACUUGAGUGAACACGAUGCCGACGAGACGCGUCAGUCCUUCAACACUCCCACGCCGGAUGCACGCAUCGAUUCGAAGAAACGCCGCUCUGCUCCCGCUGCUCCAGCCAUCAGCUCCAUUGACUCUCCGGUUAUGGUGGAUUCGGUGUCCACACCGUCGUCCAAUGACCAGGCCGACAUAAAUGCCGCUCUUCCGCCGCCGGCAGACACGAUUGGGAAGGCGCCGCAAUACAUCAAGGAGAACGGCGAACUGAUUCGCAUCGUGCGAAUGCGUCAAGAGGAGAUUAUCAACUGCCUCUGCGAGUAUGGCGAGGAGGACGGCCUGAUGAUACAGUGCGAGCUGUGUCUGUGCUGGCAGCAUGGCGCAUGCAAUGGCAUUGUGAAGGAGUCGGACGUGCCGGAAAAGUACGUCUGCUACAUCUGCCGCAAUCCACAGAGGGGACGGGACUCAAUGAGGUUUAAGCACGACCAGGACUGGCUGUUCGAGGGUAAGUUGCCGGUGGCCGGGUACCACACAUCGAAUCCCCAGGCUAUCAAACAAUCGGAGCUAUUGAAGCGCUCGCACACGCUUACCGGCAACCUGCUGGACGCCAGACGCUCGAUGCACUCGCUGCUGGUGAAGAUCAACAUCGCUAAAAACCGUUCCCACCCAAAGCUGUAUCUGUGGGCAAAGAAGUGGGAUGAGGACCAGGUGGACGCCGCUACCUUGACGCCGGUGAAGCGACCGAAGACAGAAAUUCCCGACCUACCGCACGUUCCGCAGCCGGAGGCGGCCAUCGAUCCGGAGGAGUGCCAGUACCGCCUGAUCGAGCACGUUAAGGUGCAGCAGUCCCUGGUCAUGAAUCGGCUGAACGACAUUGAGGCCGAGAUGGACGAGCUUGAAAAGGAAGACAGCCUGGAAGACUUGAAAGACAGCGAUAUCUCCACCACCAAAGAGGCCAUGGCCACAUUCAUCAAGGAGCUGGAGACUAUGAAGCGCCUUGCCCGGCUCAAUCAGGUGGCUAAUAUUAAGCAGAGCUUAAAGGAUACCCCAAAUCAGUAGGUCCUUAGUGCCCAAAGGAGAAGAACAAAUCUUAAAGUAAUAUAUUUGGUAUAUUAAUUUGGAUUAAUCGUAGAGCUUCAUGGGUUAAUUUAAAGUAGAGAAGUAGCUUCUUGUUUCUAAUACCAUCUCCAUUUGUUACAAAAUAUCAACUUUAAGAGAGAAAAAAGCUUUUCCAACUCCGUUUAAAAAUGAAUGGAAGACAAAGGAGGAUCCAUUAUUCAGGCUUUCAAAAACACAUUUAAUAAAAGGAGAAAUUUAACAGUUAUGUACUAAGUUCUUUAAAAUUCUAUUAGCUCGUAAAAUACUGUUACCAAUAAAGCGGAUAUUUAAUAUUAA